AUGGCGCAACAUUCUGAUAUCGCUCGAUCGGCCAUCAUGACCAACGCAGUUGCUCCUGACUCGUCGCGGAACGGAGACAAGACCAACGGCGUCAACGGUCACAGUCUCAGCAAUAGCAAUGGCAGCGCUGGGACUGACGCGUCGUCGCUAAUGCCUCCUCCCAAGAACUCGGCUGGUCGCUCCUCUAAUGUCAUGCCUACCGAUACGCGCAGAGCGUCCAAGGAUGGCGUCGGGAUUCCGUUGUCCGAUACCCCUAUGUCAACUGCGCCGUCAUCUCCACAGAUCUCUGCAUCCGUUACCCCUCCCACUCCCGGUCGUAUCCGUGCGACAACCCUCGAUAUCCCCGGUCUGACCAAGUCCAAAGUCUCCCCCGAUGGGCGUAUCGCGCAGCGCGAUCUCGGUGCUAAGCUCGUGAUUGUCAUGGUCGGCCUGCCUGCCCGAGGCAAGAGUUAUGUGACCAAGAAACUAGCCCGGUAUCUGAAUUGGUUGCAACAUGACACCAAGAUUUUCAACGUCGGAGAGCGCCGUCGCGUCGCGGCCGGCAAGUCGCCUUCCCCUGCAAAAUUUGCUCCUGUGGAUAAGCGAAAGAGCUCUGUGCAUAAUGAUUUGGUGGACUCGGUGCGCCGACUGAGCGUCAGCGUGGGGAAUCCCAUAAACAACUCGUCAUCGCAGGAAUCCCCAGAGAAAACCAGCACGGAUAAGUCUGAUGCAGACAAGACAGACACCGACCCUGCCCUCCCGCCGCCCGUUGUGCCUGCGAAGAUUUUGGUCAAUGGCAAGGAACAAGAGUCGCAAAACGGAAGCGCCGUCGUUUCGCAGUCCGAUGCGCCGGAAACUGAGCAGGAAGAAGUGGCGAUUAGGGAAGGAUCCCCCGAGCCUAUGGACCAGACUGCGAAUUUCUUUGAUCCCCAGAAUCAGCGUGCUCUCAAACUACGAGAACAGGUUGCACUGGAUACCCUUGAUGAGCUAUUGAACUACAUUUUGGAAGAAGGAGGCAGUGUUGGUAUUUUGGAUGCGACCAACAGCACAAUGGAGCGUCGAAAAGCGAUUGUUGACCACAUCCGCGCGCGUGCCGGUUCCGAGCUUGGUAUCUUGUUUCUCGAAAGCAGCUGUGUGGACGAGGAACUGCUCGAGGCGAACAUGCGCCUGAAGCUGUCUGGCCCAGACUACAAGGACCAAGAUCCCACAAAGUCGUUGGAGGAUUUCAAGAGACGAGUUGCUUUGUACGAAAAAUCCUACGUGCCAUUGGGCGAAUAUGAGGAGCGCAACGGAAUGGCUUACAUUCAGAUGAUCGAUGUGGGCCGCAAAGUGGUGUCACACCAGACCAACGGCUUCCUGUCCUCGCAGGUGGUCUACUAUCUCCUUAACUUUAACUUGUCUCCUCGCCAGAUCUGGAUCACAAGACACGGCGAGAGUAUUGACAACCAGCGCGGCCGCAUCGGUGGUGAUUCGGAGCUUAGCGAAAACGGCAAGCGAUAUGGCCAGGCUUUGACGCGGUUCAUUGACCACCAGAGACGUCAGUGGGAGAUUUAUCAGAAACAAAAGGACCUAUUGAGACAUAUGCCGCCUCGCCCCGGCGACAGCACGCCUCCGAACCCGUCAUACGUUCCUCGUGACCGACCUCGGAAUUACUGUGUUUGGUCCUCAAUGAUGCAGCGAGCCGUGCAGACGGUUGAUUCAUUCAACGAGGACGAAUACGACGUCAAGCAAAUGAAGAUGCUCGACGAACUGCAUGCCGGUGAGAUGGAAGGAAUGACUUACGAUGAAAUCCGCGAGAAGUUCCCCGAGGAAUACGCGCAGCGCAAGAAGAACAAGCUUUUCUAUCGCUACCCUGGUCCUGGUGGUGAGGGUUAUCUGGACGUCAUCAAUCGGCUGCGAACCGUGAUCGUCGAGGUGGAGCGGAUGACUGACCACGUCCUUCUGGUCACUCACCGGUCCGUGGCACGUGUGCUGUUGGCCUACUUCAGGGGUCUCAAGCGCGACCAAGUUGCUGACCUUCAUGUGCCUCUGGGAAUGCUGUACAUGUUGGAGCCUAAGCCAUAUGGCGUGGAGUUCAAGGCCUAUCGCUACAACCCCGAGACAGAGUGGUUCGAUUAUCAGCCAGACUUUGAAAUGAGCCAGGAGAGUUACUAA